AUGCCGUCACUAGAGACGGUGGACGUCUAUGACCUUCUCUUUGAUUACGUUCGCAAGUUCCCCUUCAAUGAAAAAGUAAAAAAACGCAUUGAUUUUGAUAACCUGGACGCCUCCUGUGUGGUGGAGUCAAAAUUUCGAAUUCGCAAUCUCGCCUCCCGCCACGAAGAGAAUACCUGUCCUCCCUCUACCGGCGUGGGUGGCCGUCCCCGCACCUGUAUUAUCUUCUCGUCCACCUUUGACAAUUCUACUUCGUCCGAACAGACACACAGCCUGCGAGCGGAGAAGCGUACCACCGCAACAUGUCGUCUGCAGCUCACCAAAACGGUUACGCGUAAUGGGAAUAUUAAUGUGCAGAUUUCUCCGCCCAACACCAUGAUCCAGGCCAAUGGAGGUUUUUCGAAGGAGAAGACUCUCACCACGGAGAAGGAAGAGGUGAUGGAGGAGGAGCUUUGCUGGUCUCUUGACACCCAGGUUGUCAUUCAACCGGGUCAUCGAACCAAAGCUGAUUUCGUUAUUACUGAAGGGAAUUACACAGGCAUAUUCCAGGUCGACACAGUGUUCGAGGGAAAGAUCUCUGUAAUUCUUCGUAACAAACGCAAACAACCUGUCACGAUGCUCAAUAUUGACGAUCUGCGAGUAUUUCUAAGGCCGGAGCAGGGAUUUAAGCCCUUGCCAAAUGGAAACCCAGUAUCGGUAGUAUUCACCAACGAGGGUAUUUGCACAUGCAGCUACGGUAUCGAACAACAUGUGGAAUUACGCGAGGAGAAGAUUUGA